UGUAUUAUCGACAGCGCUAAACAAUAAUGGCCAUCUCCAAUAGCAACAAAUCAAAAUUUACCCCGGAAAUUCGGGAAUUACUGCCCAUCCGAGAGCACAGGUGCGAAAGAUGCCCCAAUUUGGUGUUCGGCAACCAGAGCCACUACCAGCUGCACCUGCGCCAGCGCCACAAAGUGGUCAUACCGCCGGAGCCAAGCGGAAAAGUUACCGAAUUCCAUUGUCCCGUGGAGAAGUGCAUCUAUCAUGAGGCCACCAAAGGAUCACGCAGCUUUAGCAGCCUGCGCCUGCUGCGUCAGCACUACCAGAAGAGCCAUCUGGACAAGAAGUACAAAUGCGAGGAGUGUGGCGAGAAGUUCCUGCUGCAGCGGCACCUGGAGAAGCACCAAUGCUCCGAACACAAGUGUCCCGUCUGCGAGCUGACCUACAACAGCAAGGCGGGUCUGAGAACGCACAUGCGACGCAAGAACCAUAUCUUGGAGGAGGAGGAAUCGGAGAAGGUAGCCAUACCCUCGUUGGCCACAUGGAAGAAGCUGAAUCCGCAGCCUGAUAUGCUUCUCGUGGAGACCCAAAUCCCACUUGCAACAGAGAUGAGUAUUGAGCCUCAGGUGGAGCAGCCAGAAGAGCAAAUUCUUUGCUUCCUGCCCAUCGUGGACGUUGAGUACUCGAAUAUGCAGCUGCAGUCACAGAAACUGGACAUGGAGACGCAAACGGAGGAGAUUGAUGACCUGGAGGAAAUCAAGAACGAGGUACUGGCGCCCUUGCUGCGAGAUAUCCAAACCCAAACACCCGAUACCCGCGGCGAUAUAGGAACAAUGACGGAUGACUUUCCUGAUGAGCUGCAGCCGGUGGAAGAGCAGCAUCAUCAACAGCAGGAGCAGCCAACCGCAGUCCCAGUUGAGAGUAGUUUUGAGCCUCUUUUUGGCUUGCAAACAUCUGCCCACAUGUACACCCAGACCUGUGACGAGCUCUUCGAGGAGCUGGGGCUGUCGCACAUUCAAACCCAAACCCACUGGCCGGAUGGCCUUUACAAUACGCAGCACACGCAGACCUGUGACGAGAUGCUGGAUGAACUAGAGUUCCUGGAGAACUUUCAGUCGACGUACACGCAAACCAAGUGGCUGGACUGGCAAGAGAAUGGAGAGCAAGGCAGUUAGACA